AUGUCAUCAAUCCGUCGGGUUAAAGAGAUUAUUUUUCUUGGAACAGGCACGUCCUUCGGUGUUCCUAUGAUUGCGUGCUUGAUAGACCCGGAAAAAAAAUGCGAAACGUGCAUGUCAACGUUCACUCCUGAAGAAACAAUUUCAUUAUAUGCAUGUUCUACGAAUAAUAGAAAUAUCGUUAUAGAUUGUGGAAAGACAUUUUAUGCAUUGAAAUGGUGGCCUUAUUAUGAAUUGCGUCAAAUUGAUGCACUCAUAUUAACCCAUCCGCAUGCUGACGCAAUAAACGGGCUAGAUGACUUACGAGCUUGGACGUUGCAUAAAACAAUCCAAGAUCAUGUUUCGAUUUAUCUGACAGCUUAUACUUUAGAUGCUGUCAAGGUAUCCUUUCCAUAUCUAGUGGACAUAAGUCAGGCUACCGGUGGAGAUCUACCAACAUUUCAAUGGAAUAUUAUAGAUUCAAAGUUUCAACAUGGUGUCUAUUUCUCAACAAACGAGCCUUAUACCUACAUUGGUUUCCGCUUUGAUAAUAUAUGUUACAUCUCUGAUUGCAACUUUAUACCAGAAGAAACACGCGUAAAAAUGUAUGGGAGUGAAAUUGUAAUUUUGGAUUCUUUGGAUCAUAAGGAACAUCCAUCCCAUUUUUCAAUACAACAAGCUAUUGACACAUCAAAAAAUCUAGUUCCAAUACCAAAAAGAACUUAUCUUACGGGCUUUUCCCAUGAAGCAGAACAUCACAGUUUGACAGAGGAGAUGAAGAUGUUAGAAGAAGAGGAGCCUAGAUUGUGGGUCAGGCCUGCACAUGAUGGAUUAAAAGUGUGCAUUGAAACAGACAUAGUUUUGCCGAAUGGAGUAAACAAUUAA